AUGCUCGGCUUGUCAUCACGCAAUGCGCGCAAAUGCUCGAUUACGCUGCAUUCUGCUCUUUCUUCUAUCGAUCAGGAUAAACUGUCCAUAGAGAUUAUCAAGUGUGUGGCAUCCGCUUUGAUAGGCAAUGACUUUCAGUUCGUUCACAAUGAAAACGAAUUUAUAUUGGCCCUUUGCUUGCUUUGUAUUUCAAAUGCCCUUCGACUGGCCGCGCCUGAAUCUCCGUAUUCUCCUGAUGAAUUAAAGGUAUUUUACACCCGAAAUUACGAUCAGCAAGUCUUCUUGGCGUUCCACAAGAUAUGGAAGAGGCUCUCAAAUGAAGAUGAUUCUUUAUUUUCAUAUUCUCAUAAGCUGCUGGAGGGCAUUGUACUAGUUCGGUCCGGCGUUUUGAUCCUUGAAGCAGCAGACUCUGUUGUUUUGAUCAAUGCGACUUUUGAUCUGGUUUCCGAUGCCGUUAUCAGAUUGCUAAUGGAAUACCUGCAGUCCAUCAUCGAAGAAUCUGACGUGUUAUUUCCAGAGUCCAUUCAUGCUCUUUUGGCUCCAAUAGGGUCUCCAUCUUCCAAACUUGUGCUUCGUCUUCUACAUCAAUGUUCUUUCCACCUUCAGCCAUUUAUGUCGCAGCAUACCGAUGUUCUCGUCAGGCUACAAAUGACGAAAUUUUUCGGUGACAUUUUGAAGACCCACAGGUGUCUUUUGAAUGCGCAAUUUGAGGCUUCAAUAUUUGAGCUUCGAAACGACCCGUCAAUUUCUAUUCGAAUGGCAUGGAUUGAGCUUGUGCUUUCUCGUGAAGCACAAAAUCCACAUCUGCCUCGAUCUAUGCCGUCUCUUUGUGCGCUUUCCGCCGCAACAACACAGGGACUUAUUGAAAAGAUGCUUGAUCCAGAAGAAAGGGUUAGGUCGUUCACUUUGGAAAGACUUGCUUUUUUUUCAUCCCAUUUGAAGGGCCAAAAUGCAGACGAACUUGUUGAAGUUGUUGAUGCAGCAAUUGAGCGUAUGCGCGACGUUAAAGAAAGCGUCAGAAACUCGGCAAUCCUAUUUUUGUGUGCAAUUGUUAACCAUCAACUACUUAUGUCAAUGGAUGCUGAUUCUAAUAUCGCUGAAAGAACCAGUAAAAUUAUAGAUGAGCUUUUUUUGCUAUGCAGCAUUUCUUCACCACUGCCGCUUCGUCUUUCAUACAUUUCUUUCAUUGAAAGCUCUUUGUUUCCUUCGCUCUUAAAGUCAAGCAAGGGCAAUGACAUAACAAUUCUGACUCUUGUUGCCAAGCAUUUAAUUUCAUCCUCGUCCGAUCUUUCCAAUUCACCUCGAGCCUGUUCGUCUUUUGUUAGAUACUUGAGGAUGAAAGUUCUUUUUCAUCAAUGGAUUCAAUCCAUAAAGUGUGCCUUUAUAAAGCUAAAGUCUGAUCAUGAUACCCUCCAUGAUGGUGAAAAUUUACUUUUCCAUGCUUCUUUAUCGAAAAAGUGUCCAGAAAAGGACACAUUUGUUAAAUAUUCGAUUGGUUUGGCACCAGAUUUUAUCCGAAAUGAUGAAAAGUCUCUUUCAUCGCUCAUGGAAGCCUUGUUUGACAAUUACUUAAAUGUUGAUUUUGGGGCGGAUAUUUUCGCGCAAUUGUCCGAAAUCUCGGCAACUUUUCCCGGCUGUUUGAGUACACCAGCUAGCAAGAAGCUUUUAAAAAAUAUUCUUUCUUUGCAAAAUGGACACUCUUUUUAUUGCUCUGAAGGAAAAGUUUGCCAAUUUUUGCAGUCAUUGGAUGACACUCAGUGUCGUUGGCUACUUAAACGAUAUCCGCCUCUUGGCUUUGCCUUUAUAAAGCAAAGGCAUUCUCUAGCUGCAAGCCGAAAACACAAACUGUGUUCAAUAGAUAACCACAAAGAUCUUGAUGAUGUCUCACGCUUCCACUUUAUUUUCGCAUCCUUCUACUAUUAUUGUGAUUUUUCGUCGUUUUCUGCUGCCGCUGAUYAAGAGAUCCAUCGAUGGGUUGUGGAGAAUAUAUCAGGCUUUCUUGGCACCGAGAUUUCUCGAUCUCCGGACCUCUCUUCAAAAUGUAUAAGAGUUUUGUUGUCAUAUAUGAACGCUAAAAACAUUUCCCCCUCCUUUAAAUUUUUCCAGGAUACCUUAGGCAGUGCCAUUAGUUGGUCUCUUACUCGUUUCGCUGCAGAGGAAAAAGAUCCUGUAUUUGUCGAUACGACACUAAUACGAUCGACAGAUCACAUCAUAUCAAUAGAGAUCCUUUCGGCGCUCCUGAGAAGCCGAAUUACGAUUCUCGACAAUGCAGCAAUAGAGGAGCUUUUAGAUGGAACAUUUUAUUACCUGAAAAAGGUUCUGACAUCUCCAAUCUUUCCGUCACUCCAACUAGAGCAAUCCUCGAUAAAGCACAUGAAAUUUCUCUUUUAUGCUAUCACCUAUCUAUUAAGGGAAGAUGUUUUAGAUAGCAAUCGGUCAUUACAGCGACGACAACGUGUUGAUCAGUAUCUUCAACUUAUAUCCAGCAUUGUUACUUGCCAGAAAAAUAACGAUCUUACCAUUUGCGCAUCAUGGCUAUAUUUAAAGUUGCUUGCUAUUCUCCAAAACAAAACAGGUGAAAGGUAUCCCUGGAUUUUACCGUCCCUUGUUGACAUAUUACUACAGAAGACUAAUAUUGCAGAUGAUUGGGCAAAGAAAUUUGCAAAGUUAAUUGUGAUCCAACAGAGCGCAAAAUCAAUAAUUUCAACUCUCUGCUAUGCCCUUGUUGUUUUCUCAACAUCUUAUUCCAAGUCACUCAAUGUAGUAAUUCAGCAAUUGGCAGCUAGAGCGAGUGUUUUAUCGCCCCAUGAAAGCAUCAUAUCGGCUUUACUACUUUUUCUUUCUUUCACACCUGAUCAGUUUGAUUCUGACUCGCUUGAAAAAAUCUUGACCCCCAUUAAUGAGGCUAUCAAGCCGACUUUGAUAUCUGACAAAGCAAUUCAACGUGUAUGUAAUGCACAGAUCAUAUCUCAAUUUGUAUGGCAAGGUGAGGCUAGCUCUUUUGAUGAACAUAAAAUCAUAACGACGGUUAACAAAGUAGCCCAUUUAUUUGCUGUCUACAACAAAUUUGCUAGGCGAGAACCUCCAGACGAAAAUGUGAAUCGGAAUCUUGGCCAGCAAAGAAGCUCCGAAAAUAUGCAUAUCAAGGGCACAUCUGAUCACGAUGCUGCACAAUGA